UCGUCUCUGCAGAUAGCCCACAGGUGAAAUUUUUCGUUACUUUAUCCCAGAGUGGAAAGCCACGCGAAGAUAUUCAGUCUUGGUCCUGCCGGCAAAGUGAACACACGAGGCGUUGCGAAGAAAAGAAUCCAUUUUGGUGAUUCAGCAAAAAGCAAAAGAGAAGGAGUGCUGGCCUGUGCGAAACAAGUUUUUUGGUGUGUCGUGUCGACAUUUUAGUUUGUCCCUUCCAGUUGUUGUCUGCACAUUCGCCAAAUUGUGCAACCAUUUUUUUCCCGAUCAGUUGUGUCUUCUGUAUUCUUGGCACGGGUCGGAAAAGGCUCCCACUCGGUGCCUGGUGGUGUGACGUCAUCAUGGUGCUCAGACUUGUGUUGGCGGUAGUUUGUUGUUGUUCGCUGACAUUCGCUCAGAAUGAAGGGACGUAUACGAUUGUGGCUCCCAAAGUCCUACGACCGAGUUUGGAUUAUCACGUGUCCAUCAGUUUACAUGGCGGUGCAGCAUUGACCAAUCUGGUCGUGGCCAUCGAAGGCCAACAGGACGGCGGGGGACAAGUCCGCAAUGCCCAAAGCGCCACCGUUGAACCCAAUUCCACCCAAGUCAUUAAAUUCCAGAUUGGUGAAUUGGGACCGGGCAAAUACAAUUUAACGGCCCGUGGCUCUGGCGGACUGACGUUUGUCAACACAACCGAGUUGGAAUACGCCGAAAAGAGCCACUCGGUUUUCAUCCAAACCGACAAGGCCAUUUACAAACCGGGUCAUUUAGUCCAAUUUCGCGUUAUUGUUGUUAAUCCGCAAUUGAAACCAUCCGUCGUCGGCUCUUUAGACAUUUUCAUGACGGAUGGCAAAGGCAACCGCAUCAAGCAGUGGAAUCGGGUCUUUACUAAACAGGGCGUCUUUGCAUCGGAACUGCAAUUAUCUGAUCAACCCGUCUUGGGCGACUGGAACAUCACCGCUGUGGUAUCGGGCCAAAGUUUCUCCAAACAUUUCCAAGUGGCUGAAUAUAUUCUGCCGAAAUUCGAAGUCACGAUCGAUUUGCCCACCUACCUGACUUUUAAUGAAUCCAAAAUGGUGGCCAGCAUCAAAGCCAAGUACACGUAUGGAAAACCCGUCAAGGGCAACGUGACCAUCGCCGCCUACCCGCAAUAUCGGGUCUCUUAUAUUCAACCGUUUUUCACUGAACCGGUUCGCAAAACUGUUCAGAUCGACGGCAAAGUUGACGUGGAUUUCAAUCUCUUUAAAGAGCUCAAGCUAGUGGACGAUUUUGAACGAGAUAUCCGGUUCGACGUGACUGUUAUCGAAGGGCUGACGGAACGUAAACAAAACACGAGUUCCCUAUUGACGUUGUAUAAAUACAAGUACAAAAUGGAGUUGAUCAAGACGUCCGACAGUUUCAAGCCCGGCCUUAAAUACACGGCCUUUUUGAAACUGGCGUAUCAGGACAACACGCCCAUUCAAGAUGCCAACGGCGUGGUUAUUGUCAAACACGGAUUUUCGCACAAUCAAGACGAGUACAAUCGAACCGAGUAUCCAGUGCCGCGGAACGGAAUUCUCGAGCUCAGUUUUUAUCCACCGGUCGACGAGAACGUUUACACGCUUGGCAUCGAAACUCAAUAUCAAGAUUUAGUUGAAUGGUUUUCGACCAUCAAUCGAGCCCAAUCGCCGAGCAAUUCGUUCAUCCAAGUCGUUCUGAAAACGGAAAAUCCGAAAGUGAACGAAGAAAUUUCCAUCCAAGUCAACUCGACUGCGCCACUCGAUUCCUACACUUAUGAGGUGAUGGGUCGUGGCAAUUUGAUCGUCGCUCGUACCGUACAAGCCGGAAAUCAAAUGUCACACGCGUUCCGCUUCCAAGUGACGGCCGCUAUGGCUCCUGUGGCUCGUGUUGUCGUCUAUUACGUCCGAGCUGAUGGCGAAAUCGUGGCUGAUGCCCUCAACUUUGACGUUGAAGGAACGUUCCAGAACUUUGUGGAAAUUCAAGUGGCUCCGGAUUCCGUCGAACCGGGCAAAGCCGUCGACAUCGUGGUCAAAGCAAAACCGAAUUCGUACGUUGGCAUCCUCGGCGUCGAUCAGAGCGUUUUGCUUUUAAAGACGGGCAACGACAUUUCUCGGCAAGAUGUUUUAGAUGAAGUGAAAUCGUAUGAUUCAACCCGGCGGCCUGAUUUUGCUUCGUGGCUUCCAGAAGUUGGAGGACGUUCAUUUUGGUGGCCUUCGUCGGCAACAGCCGGUGAAGUUUUCAGCAAUUCCGGCACUGUGGUUUUGACUAAUGGAUACAUCCAGGAGAGCAUGCCGUUCGGAAGCGAACGAACAACGUUGCGACCGAAAGCGGUUAAUCGACCAACGAACCGGCCCAUUCCGGCCCGCGGUUCUGCCACGGUGGCAGUCGACAAAGGACCGUCAGUCACGUUGCCUAUCCAGAUCCGUCCUCCACUAGAAGGACCUUAUGCUUUCUCUCGUAUUCCAACUCCGGCGGAUGACAAUCCUAAAAUCUAUUUACUGCGCAACCCACCCCCGACUUGGAUCUUUACAUCCGUCGAUACCGGGACGGACGGAACUGCCCGUUUUGUCAAAGAAGCUCCUGAUACAAUCACCUCUUGGGUGAUUACUGCCUUUUCUUUGGAUACUUUUCACGGUUUGGGCGUCAUUGAACAACCUGCCAAAAUGCAAGUGUUUCGUCCAUUCUUCAUUCAACUCAAUUUGCCUUACUCUGUGAUCCGCGGUGAAGUCGUCGCCAUUCAGGCCGUCGUCUUUAAUUACAUGAACAAGGAGAUUACGGCCGAAUUGACUUUUGAGAACAUUGGCGAUUUCCAAUUUGUCGACAACGGCGUGGAAGACAAUGAAAUUUCAAGUGAAACCAUUUUCCGCAAGAAAUCGGUCCGAAUCCCAGCUCAAGAUGGCACGCCCGUUUCUUUCCUCAUCCGGCCGACCACGUUGGGCCAUAUCGACCUUCGCUUGACUGCCAAAGCGGCAACAGCCGGCGAUGCCAUCAUUAAGAAACUGCUCGUCAAGGCGGAAGGCGAAACCAUUUACCGCAACAAGGCCUAUUUGCUGGAUCUGCGUUCCAGUCGCUCGUACACCAACAACGUGACAGUCUCGAUUCCGUUCAACGCUGUGCCCGGCUCGCAGUCUGUCGAAUUGUCCGCCAUUGCCGACAUUAUGGGCCCCAGCAUCAAUAACCUCAACUCGCUGCUGCGGAUGCCGUUCGGAUGCGGCGAGCAAAACAUGUUGCUCUUUGUUCCCAACAUUGUCGUCACGGAGUAUUUGAAGAAUACCGGCCAAUUGACGGACGCCAUCAGUUCCAAAGCUCUAGGAUUCAUGGAGACGGGCUAUCAGAAAGAAUUGACUUACAAACGAGACGACGGUUCGUUCAGCGCCUUUGGCAAAAGCGACGCUUCCGGCAGCACGUGGCUGACUGCAUUCGUGGCUCGAUCCUUCCGUCAAGCUCAGCCUUACAUCACCAUCGAAGAUCACGUGAUCGAGGACGCGCUCAGAUGGUUGUCGGCCAAUCAAGCGCCCAACGGCUCGUUCCCUGAAGUGGGCAAAGUAUCUCACACGGACAUGCAAGGCGGAUCCGGUAAAGGCGUCCCUCUGACGGCCUACGUCCUCUUAGCUUUUCUGGAGAACAAAGCCGGUCUUCGCUACGGACCCAGUAUGCAAAAGGCGGCCGAGUUCCUCGUCAAAGAGUUGCCGUCCAUUACGGAUCCGUACGCCAUGGCCUUGGUGACGUACGCUCUUCAUUUGGCCGAAGUGCCAUCCAUGGAUGCGGCGUUCGAUAUGCUCCAGGCUAAAGCCAACAAUACGGAAGAAGAAUUCCGUUUCUGGUCCAAGCCGAGGACGGAAAAGGACAAGUCUAAUCCGUGGUCGAGCAUGACGACGUCGGUCGAUGUUGAGAUGACCGCCUACGCUUUGCUCUCCUAUCUCCAGCGCGGCUUAGUGACGGAAGCGUUGCCCAUUAUGAGGUGGAUGGUUGCCCAGCGCAACUCCAAUGGCGGCUUCUCUUCCACGCAGGACACGGUGAUCGGCUUGUACGCGCUUGCCAAAUUGGCCGAAAAGAUUACAGUACCCAACACCAACAUCAACGUCAAAAUCAAACACGACGCUGGCGCAGAGACAUUUUCUCUCAACCGUGAAAAUGCAAUGAUUCUUCAAAAAUUCAAGCUACCCCCGAAGACCACCCAAGUGGAAAUCUCAGCCGUUGGAAGCGGGUUCGCCAUCAUUCAAGUGUCCACUUCUUACAACCUCAAUGUAACCGGAGAGUGGCCGCUUUUCACUUUAGAUCCGCAGCUUUUCAAAAACGCCAAUCAAAACCGCAUGCAAUUGACAAUCUGCUCCAGCUUUGUCGGUGAGGAAAGCAACAUGGCUGUUAUGGAAAUCAGCCUGCCUUCUGGUUACGUCAUGGAUGAGGAUUCACUUCCAAGUCUCAGGGCUAUUAAAGACGUUAAGAAAGUUGAAACGAAAGAAGGUGGUACCGGAAUUUCCCUGUACUUUGACAAGAUGACGAGAAAUACGGUCUGCCCAACUGUUCAGGCUUAUCGCGUCUUCAAAGUGGCAGAGCAGCGUAAAGUGCCUGUCGUCAUGUACGAUUAUUACGACAGCUCACGUCGUGCUCGCGUGUUUUACGAACCGGUUCCAGCUAAUGUUUGCGACAUUUGCCAGUCAAGCGACUGUAAAAAUCAGUGCUCUUCGUAUCCAGGUUGGAGUGGUGAUGAAGACGGAUCGAAAGGCUGGGGAACGCUUGAUGGACGUAGUAAUAGCCGCACCACUGGUGGCCAGCAGUCAUUGCUCCCGACACUUCUCUGUAUCGUUUUGUCGGGUCUCACAAGUGCUUUACUCUUAAUUUAAAAUUUUUCUUAAUCAGACCUCUCUCAUUUAAUCCUUACAUUUUUCACUGUUUCUUUGUUUCUUUUUUUUUUUUUUUUUUUAAUAACUUGAUCCCUCCUCAUUUUAAUGUGCUGAUUUACGUCAAGGCUGUACACUAUUGAUUGUCCAUCCAGUUUUAUAACAAGAGAAACAAGUAUAGGUGUUUUAUUCCGCGUUUGCCUCGUUUCGCUUCCCGGAAUGUAAAAAUGAUUAAUACACGUGAUCUGAGUUGAUUGCUCGAUUACCUUA